AUGGCAUCCGUUCGAAAGAGAAAGAUGGCGAGGUCUUCUAUCAAGAAGGCAACAAGAAAAACUAAGGACCGCCAAAGAAAAGUAAAUAUCUCAAGUAACCCAAUCAUUGCCAAAAACUGGGAUUAUUCACUUACUCUCUCUCAAAACUACGACAACUUGGGUCUAAGAUCUAAAUUACAGUCACCCGCGGGGGGGCAAGAGGCUAAACUUGACAAAGCUAUCAUGAAAGAACCACUACCAAAUUCGUCAUUUCUAGAGCGCGAUGACGACGAGUUUGGGCCGGAAAAAAGCUCAUCCAGCGAUGAAGAAGUCGUUGCCGAGCUAAACGAGGACGAUAUUCCUGAAGGCGAAGCUAGAAUCAUCCGUGAUUCAGAGGGACAAGUUGUGAAGGUCGUCUAUGGUAAGAAAAGACGCCACAUCGAGACCAGCUCCUCCGCUGAGGAUGACGGCCCAGCAACAAAGUCAGAAACAGUGAAGGAACUUGAAGCAUUUGCAUCACGUCCUGUCGUUAAAAGGGAAAGAAAGCCUAGCGGAAGGGAAGAAGCCUGGUUGGAAGCCCUGCAUAAGAAGCACGGAGACAACUUCAGGAAAAUGUUUCUUGAUAGAAAGCUUAAUGUUAAUCAACAGACAGAGGGUGAUAUCAAGAGUAGAAUCAUGAAGUGGAAAAGCAGAAACGGCAUUGCUUGA